CCCUUAUAUUCCCUAUUCCCAUGUAGUCCCUUGUAGUCCCAAUUCUCAUUUAGUCCCUUGUAGUCCCAUUUAGUCCCUUGUAGUCCCAUUUAGUCCCUUGUAGUCCCAUUUAGUCCCUUGUAGUCCCAUUUAGUCCCCUGUAGAAACAUGUAUUCCCAUGUAUUCUCUUGCAGUCUCUUGCAUUCCCUUGCAUUCCCUCGUAUUUUCUAAUAUUCCCUUGUAUUCCCUAUUAUUCCCUAGUAAAAGGGAAUACAUUCCCUUGGUUUCCUUUGUAGUAUAAUGUAGUACGCAGUAGUCUCCUAUAGUCCCCUGGAGUCCCUUGUAGUCCCUUGAAGUGGCUUUAAGUCCCUUGUAGUCCACAGUAGUCCCUAAGUUUCUUUAUUGCCUAGUUUUAUGAGACUUUCAUAUCUUAUUUACAAAGCUAUCUGAGGCAAUCAAAUGUAAUCAUGUCAAUACAACUGCUCAAAUUAAACUAAAAGUAAGGGGUUAAAAAAUUGUCUCUGUUAUCAUUUCUACGGCCAAUGAAGCGGGAGUUAUAUUUUUAAUAUUGAUAGUAAAUUUUACAAACCUUGUUAAAAAUAAUUCAAAUGUUCUUAAAAAAUAUUUCAGACUUUAAAAUUUGUCUUGAAUGAUGGGACAGAGUAUAUUUCAUUAAUAUUUCAGGAAGUAUCCGCAGUUAUGGACAAAUAUAACGGAAGUAAUUUUACUGCAGAGAGACAGUUCCAGGAUGAUGUUGUGAGGGGUAGAGGGGCAGAUGAGUUGGGAGGGGACAGAGGUAGAAAUAGGCUGCGUAAAGUGGAAGAAUAUCUAAAGAAUGAAAAGGAAAUGGAAAACUAUUUCUCUAGGAUCAGGGACAAAACGCGGCAUGAUGGAAAUGACAUCUCAACCACACAAAGAAAUUAUAAAUUCACCGAGGAUGGGUUUAGUAUGUCACGAUCCUAUCCCGUAGUUCCUCAACCCUCACUUAGGAUAGGCAUUGAGGGAGAUAGAGAGUUUUCCCCUGAAAAACUUCAGGAGUAUCGUGCGUAUUCCGUGAGAGAUAUUUGCUCUGCUAGACCUGGAGGAAGGUUUAGAUCUGCUUCUCUAACUACAGGUAGAGCAGUGGAGGGUCCUCUAGUAUCUAGAACAGAGUUUAAAGAUCAGUUUAACAGUUUUGGAAAACAUGGAUCCCUGUCUCCUAACUCUACGGUUAGCUCUAUGAGUGAUAGAUCCAUACCAAGCUCAGGUUCAGGGUCUUCUCCGACUCAUCCUUAUACCAGAUCCAGGCCUAUAGACUCAAGGUUUUCAGCUGGUUCCACGACUAGGUCAACAUACAGAGAUUUCUCCGGGUCCCGUGCUGAAGCCAGGCCUAAACCAGUUCUUCCCAGUGGUAAUCUUAGGAUGGAAGGGGACUUCUCCAGAGAGGUGAGCUCUAAGGAACAUUACCCUGAGCUUCCAUACUCUAGGACACCUGCUUUUCCAAGGAAGGAAUCCCUUAAGCUCUCAAGAGGUCGUUUAGAAACUGCGACAACCUACAAGGAUUUUAUCGACGAAGAGACGAGAUUUAACAAUCUUCGUCGCACAUCCAGAUAUGAUUACAGUCUUCGUAUUCCUGAUAAACUGGAUUGGUUGUAAACACAAGAAGAUUAAACAGCAUGGAGAAUAAAAAAUAGACACUUGAGAUCAAAACUUUUUAAUAUUUUAUGUUGUUCUGAAAAAAACUAAUCCAUGGCUUCUACGGUCAGACGGAUUGAAAAUUAAAAGUAUCGACCAGACAGAAACUAGAAAAAGUGCUCUCGGUUACAGAGGGUCCGCAAUAGCAUGAGUCAGAAGAGUCUCCGGUCUAAAAAUAGAGUUUCAGUGUUGUACCAGAACGUUCUGACUUCUUUUUUGAUCGUCUUUAUAUCGGCACUAUGCGCCAACAAAUUAAGGUGUGUAAACUUUGUUGACUAUUUUGGAAAAAUAUCAAGAGAUCAAAUGCCAAAUGAUCAAAACUCUUAAAAUGAUCAAAAAAGUAUACGCUAAACAGUCGGGGCAGCUACUAACUUUUUCAAAAAUAUUAUAGAAAUAGAAAUUAUAU